AUGGGCAAAGACAAGGUCGAAAAGGACAAGAAGCGCGCCGAGAAGAAGGAGAAGCGCGCUGAUAAGGACGGUGUGCACAAGCCCAAGAAGGAAAAGAAGGAAAAGAAAGACAAGACUGCUCUCGCCGAUGCAGUAGAGAAGGAGAUCAAUUCCCAGGUUCAGGACGGCUUCGAACAGGCCGCUUCUGCCGGUGCCGCCCUCAAGGGCGAGGUUAACGGCGAGCCCAUGGCCAUUGAUCGCCCGGCUGGCGCUGUGGUGCCGUUUGCCAGCCCAUUGAUCGAAGACAAGCAGGCCAAGAAGGUGCUGAAGAGUGUCAAGAAGGCCGCUGUCAACAAGUCCCUCAAGCGUGGUGUCAAGGAAGUGGUCAAGGCCCUCCGCAAGUCGGCCAUCCCGCCCGCCAACGCAGCCAUCUCCACUCCCAGCGCUGUUGUCAUUCUCGCCGCCGACAUUUCCCCCAUGGAUGUCAUCUCGCAUAUCCCAGUUCUGUGCGAGGACCAUGGUAUUCCUUACGUUUUCGUCCACUCCCGCGCCGAGCUCGGUGCCUCGGCUGCCACCAAGCGCCCGACUAGUGUGGUCAUGGUUGUCCCCAAGCCCGCGGGCAAGGGCAAGAAGGACUCGGAGGACGCUGAUGGAGAGGACUUCAGCAAGGUGUUCGAGGAGCUGGCCAAGGUGGCGGAGAAGGAGGGCAAGAAGGUGGCGGCUUAA